AUGGCGGCAUCGGCGGCCCACGUCGCGGCGCUGGCCGCCAUACUCCUCUUCAUCCCUUCCCUCCUCGCCACUGUCGCCGCGCAGCAGGGCAAGGCCAAGGCCUUCUGCAUCAGCCAGUUCGCCAUCGCCAGUCAGGCUUGCUCCAUCCUGCCGCCCAGCCCCCCGGAGGACGACCAUCACCACCACCACGACGACGAUGAUGAUGACGACGACGACGAUGACGACGACGACGACGACGACGAGCACCAUGGCGGCGACGGUGACCGCCGCCUCCGUGGACGCCAUGGCCACGCGGCGGUCAUCAACAUCUCGUCCCUUGGCCUGAUGGCGGCAAACAACGACAGCAGCGAAGUUCACGUUGCAAGAAACGGCACCGGUCACCAUGGCGGCAACCACACCCGCCGCGGGCGCGGGCGCGGGCGCGGGCGUCUUCGUGGUACUGGACGCGGCCGGCGUGGGCGUGUGCGCGACGGUGAUGAGGACCCGGACCAUGACGACGACCACGAGGAGGACCCCGACCAUGAUGAUGACCAUGAGGAGGACUCCGACCACGACGACGACCAUGACGACGAACAUGAUGACGAUGACGACGACGACGACGACGACCACGAGCACAAUGACGACGACCACGAGCACCACCACGACGAGGAGCUUCGGGCGUACCGCGACUGCUGCCGGUGGCUGCAGGAGGUGCAGAAGGACUGUGUGUGCGAGGCGCUCCUGCGGCUGCCGCCGUUCCUCGUGAAACCACAGCACAAGUACGUCGUCCGGGUGGGGCGGACGUGCCGGAUCGUCUACCGCUGCGGCGGCGUGUAG